AGGAGUUUUAAAGCUUUUGCUUUUUUGGAUUGUGUGAAUGCUUCAUUCGCCUCACAAACAACCACAGAACCACAAGUGCGGUGCAAACUUUCUCCAGGAGGACAGCAAGAAGUCUCUGGUUUUUAAAUGGUUAAUCUCCGCAGGUCACUACCAGCCACCGAGACCAACAGAGUCAUUUAAGGCUGCAAGCAGUAUUUACAACAGAGGGUACAAGUUCUAUCUGAAAAAAAAAGGAGGGACUAUGGCAUCAAACAGCCUCUUCAGCACAGUGACACCAUGUCAGCAAAACUUCUUUUGGGAUCCGAGCACCAGCCGGCGCUUCAGCCCCCCCUCCAGCAGCCUGCAGCCCGGCAAAAUGAGCGACGUGAGCCCGGUGGUGGCUGCACAACAGCAGCAGCAACAGCAGCAGCAGCAGCAACAGCAGCAGCAGCAGCAGCAACAGCAGCAGCAGCAGGAGGCGGCGGCGGCGGCGGCUGCGGCGGCGGCGGCGGCGGCGGCGGCAGCUGCAGUGCCCCGGUUGCGGCCGCCCCACGACAACCGCACCAUGGUGGAGAUCAUCGCCGACCACCCGGCCGAACUCGUCCGCACGGACAGCCCCAACUUCCUGUGCUCGGUGCUGCCCUCGCACUGGCGCUGCAACAAGACCCUGCCCGUGGCCUUCAAGGUGGUAGCCCUCGGAGAGGUACCAGAUGGGACUGUGGUUACUGUCAUGGCGGGUAACGAUGAAAAUUAUUCUGCUGAGCUCCGGAAUGCCUCUGCUGUUAUGAAAAACCAAGUAGCAAGGUUCAACGAUCUGAGAUUUGUGGGCCGGAGUGGACGAGGCAAGAGUUUCACCUUGACUAUAACCGUCUUCACAAAUCCUCCCCAAGUAGCUACCUAUCACAGAGCAAUUAAAGUUACAGUGGAUGGACCUCGGGAACCCAGAAGGCACAGACAGAAGCUUGAUGACUCUAAACCUAGUUUGUUCUCUGACCGCCUCAGUGAUUUAGGGCGCAUUCCUCAUCCCAGUAUGAGAGUAGGUGUCCCGCCUCAGAACCCACGGCCCUCCCUGAACUCUGCACCAAGUCCUUUUAAUCCACAAGGACAGAGUCAGAUUACAGACCCCAGGCAGGCACAGUCUUCCCCGCCGUGGUCCUAUGACCAGUCUUACCCCUCCUACCUGAGCCAGAUGACGUCCCCGUCCAUCCACUCUACCACCCCACUGUCUUCCACACGGGGCACUGGGCUUCCUGCCAUCACCGAUGUGCCUAGGCGCAUUUCAGCUCGAAGCCGUUACUCACUCCGCUGAGUUGCAUCACUGACAAGCUGAAGCUCCACCAGCAGGCUUGCGGGUUUUGAUUAGUUCAGACUCCUUUAUUUCUUUCAACUUGGGAGGAGGGAAGGCUUUGUUUCUCAAGCAAAUAGCAGGAAAGGGCUCUCUGGUCCUAGUGCCUCACAUUUUCUGCAGCAGAUGGACUCCCAUGGGGGUGAGUAGGGAAAGAAGAGGGGUGGAGGGAGAAUUGCAAGGUUUUUUGGAAAACCAUGUUACCACUUUUCAUUAUGACUCCUGUUAUCAUUUUUACGAAUCACAUAGUAUGUAUUGGGGAAUUGUAUAGAGUAUAGAAUUUUAGUUAUCAUUUCCCUUGCCUGGGAUCACCGUCGCCUUUAGGCAAACAUUAAUUAAAGAUACGGGAAAGGAUGAGUAAGGCACAGUGGGGAUAACGAAGGCUGAUGCGGGGUUAAAAGCUAAUGAUGAUGGUGUUCAGUUAGUUCUGGUUAUUCCUCCUGCAUUUCAUACUGAGAGUCUGUUUUGUUUUACAUAGGGCCAAAAGGACACUUUGGCAGAAUAGACUUAUGCAAACUUGCUUCUGUUUGGGGUCCCCUGGGGCUUCCAUCUGCCCAACCCACUGUGGCUGAAGCAGAUUUUGCUGUUUUUUCUCUAGCAGUACCUACAGGAAAAAAACCGCAGGGAGUGAUGGUAGCAUUAGAGACACUUAUCUACAGCAGUUUCCUACUAAGGUAUAUUCCUGUGAGUUCACCAGGAAAGCCAUUGAAAAUAACAUUGGAAAAACGCUGCAUAAACGAGUAGUCAUCAUUGUUUAUCAUGUACAUGUGUAAUGGAAAACAGCCAGAUUAUUUCAAGUUACUUUACUGAGGGUUACUUAAAACAUUUCCACAAAACAGUACCUUUCCCAUUUCACAGAGAAGGAGGCAGGAGCAAAAACUGGUUAAUUUUCCAGCCAUAUAUCUAUCUUAGGCCAAAGGUAGGAGUGAGCCUCUGGUUUAAACUGGUUUAUACUGAGUUUAGUCCAGUUUUUUCCUCCAACCCUUAACAUUUCUGGAGUUGUUACUGGUAAAGUAACAUGGUGCCAGGGUGGGAGGUUCUGUAUAAACAGUAAAGAGAACAGAAAAUCCCUCUUGUCAGCAUGUAGGUAGGGAAACAGGAAGAAACAACUAGACGUGGACUGUCAGGGAACUGGAGGAGCCGUGACUCACCUGACCUUGCCCUGGGCUGCGGGGCUGUGCCUGCACACCCAAGCACUGCCUGGUGGACUCAGGGACCAUGUCAUCGGAGUGUGCACCAUUUCUAAUUCCCUGGGGACUAGUUCUGGGAGCCUUCUUGGGGGAGCCUGUCUCAUAGGUUCCCAGGUACCAAGUUAGACAAUUUAUAUCUUAUGAUUCCUCUCGACAUCUAAAGCCAAUGUCUAAGUCCAUGACCUAGAGGGUCCUACACGUGAGACUUAAGCAUGAGGGGUUUGUUAAUUUGGGUUUUUUUUUUUGUCUGUGUGCUUUAGUAAAUAAAGUCCUUUGGAUUGAGUCCAUUCCUGUGCCUUUAGUCUUCGUAAUGCUCUGUGCCAAAUAAUGCUGUUUCCGCAUAACACGGACAGCUAAAAAUAUUAACCCCUAUCCCUGUUUACAGGCAGUCCUGUGGUCUGUUUUUGAGAUGCUUUCCAGAACAGUUUAUGUUUUUGUGUGCAUCGAUCAAUUUUCAUCUCCAUAUCUAAAGGGAUACACAAAAUAUUCUCAUAUGAUUUUGGGUGAGAAAGAAUGAAAUUCUUCACUUCACAGUAGGAUUGGAUGUUCGGACCCAGGUUUUUAUGCCAGCUCAUACAGAUAUCAGGCAACUUCUUACUUCUCUGAAACUUAGUUUUAUUAUUUGUAAAAUAGGCAUACAAUACUCAUCUUCAGGGUUGGUGUGAGGAUUAAGUGAGAUACUUUAUAUAAAGUGUUUAGAACUGGUCUGGCACAUGAUAUGUGCCAAAUAGAUUGUAGCUGAUAUUAUGAAGCUAAAAUUGUUUUGUAAAAAUUGUAUAUCCAUAUGUAAUUGGCAGGUAGGUCUUGUUAAGUGAGUCAAAUUAGAUUAGAUAAAAAUCUAAACUUUUAAAGGGGACUUUUCCUUCACAAAAUAGAUCACCACAGGGCAUAUUUAAAACAAAGCCCUUUGAUUAUCUAAAUAAGUUAAUACCCACAUGACAUUCACAAAGCACUUAAUGCAGUACCUAGCACAUAGAACUCCUCAAAUGUUUCCCAUAUUAUUAUUAUUCUGUAGAUUUAAAAUAAAUAUUUACAGAGAAGAAAGCAAUUGGGAGCCAUUCACAAAAAAGUCAAUAAGGCAUUAAGAGAAAAUAACGGUUCAAUUAUGUCAGACAAUAGAAAGUGCUGAGUUACACUUAAAUUAACUAGGCAUGCUAAUGCUGUGUUCCAAGGGAUCAUAGGAAUAAAAACAACCAGAAAGAUCCACCAGAAAGAACUGUUCCUAAAGAAAUUCCAUUUUCUCCUAAAAGACCAUUCCAAAGAAAGACCAUGAUUUAAUCUACCUAAAGACCUUCAGAGAAUCCAAUAUUUCACCUUUCUUUAUUAGUAUGCUUUCUUCUGAGUAAUUUUCAAGCAUGGCUACAAUUCUAGAAGUUAAUAAAUGACAAUAAUCACAGUGAUAUUAUAUUAGAUAGUCCUGUAGUUUUCCUCAGACCAUUUUUGGAAGCAAGGUAUAAACAAAAUAAGAUAAAAUGAUGAAGGUAUGUUACCUACAAUCCUUAGUUUACUGCAGAGAAAGAUAUAAUACUAGAUGUCUUCAAGUUCAGAGGUACAAUACAAUGAUUCAGGAAAUAUUUCCUUAACAUUGGGUAGCCUUAAAUAUUGUAAUGGAACAACAAGAGCACAUAUAAGUUUGUAAUUGAGAAGUUAUUGCCGUGUAAUUGACUAACAGGUGUACGUUAUGGUAAUGAGUUUGAAUCAUAUUCAGUUGAAUUAUAAAAGUCAGCACUAGUCUCAGAAACCAGUCUAGUGAUGUUACAGUGCAGAAGACACCUUCUUUCCUACCAUACUUACUUUGAUAAGUAUGGCCUCAUCAUAUAAUAGUCUGUAUUUAAGUAGCACUCCUAUCCCCCGGUGAUUUUAUACAUUAUCUUACUUCAUCCUACAUGUUUCUAAAAGAUUAUUCACUACACAGAGGUGGCCAAAGUUAUUUCUCAUUGAUUCUAGUCAAGGGCAAGGUGUGACAAGGCAGGGACCAGCAAGCCUUAUAUGACCCGAACCACUGCAUGUCUUUAUAAUUGCAAUCGUAUCAUCCAUGGCAGUUUUGAUCUUCAAAGCACUUGUGAGGCUUGACACAAAGAUUAUAAUUACAUUUCUGGAAGUCAUUACAAAAUACUAUGUAAAUAAAUAAUUGCUGACUUUCAAAAUGUAUUUUAUACAAUUAUCCUACUAUGGAAAGAAGCACAACUCUUUAUUGAGGCUGAUUGUUUGACUUGUGGGUCAGGGUAUGAGUCUCCUAGAGAGCUUACACAGGUUUUUUUUUUCACUGCAAAUAACUCCUCCACUAUCCCACUCAUUUGAGUGAAGUAGCUUAAAUUAACCUAAGUCUGUACCGCUCUUUGGCAUAAUGAGGUAGAAGGGAUUUAUACCUUUCUGGUGCUUUCUGGAGGUUUCUUAGAGACUUAGGCUAUGUUAGUUAAAGAUGCACAGGUAAGACGCAUCUUAUUCAUAGAUGUUGGCUUCCUCAGUUACUCUGAAAGAGGUCACUAUAGAUUUUUUUUUUUUUAAGAGACAGGGUCUUGCUCUAUUGCCCAGGAUGGGAUGCAGAGGCGUCAUCAUAGCUCACUGCAGCCUUGAAUUCCUGAGCUUAAACAAUUUCCCCCAUCUCAGCCUCCUGAGUAGCUGGGACUAAAGGCCUGUACCACUUUGCCAGGCCAAUAUUUUUCGUAGGGACAGGAUCUCACUAUGUUGCCCAGGCUGGUCUCGAACUCCUGGUCUCAAGUGAUCCUCUUGCCUUGGCCUCCCAAAGUGCUGGGAUUACAGACAUGAGCCACCUCUCCCUGCUUGCCACUAUAGAUUGUAUGAAAGAUUUUUCUCUGCAUUUACGGGGUUUUUGUUUGUUGUUGUUGUUAACAUAGGACAGAGUUAAUCUUUCUGUAAGGUUAUUUUUUUCUUCUGCUUAGGAAAAUAGUCUUGAAUCUCUUAUUUCAAAAUAUGUAAAUAUUAACACUUUUCACUUACUCAACUGUACAGGACUAUUGAAGAUGUCUCCAGUUUUAUGACUUUCAGUGGCUGAACUAUAAUAUUCCAAGGUCAGGAGAAUAAGCAUUAGUUUGACAAUAAAAUUAUUAAAAAUUAUUUUAUCACUACUACAAAAUCAGAAAUUGCCAGUGGAAAAACCCCAUUUGAUUACUCAAGGUCUGUCAGGAGGAUUCAAACCCAGUAGAGUUUGAUGUAGUUCAUUUUAAAAUGUCCCUUAUAACCAAGUUUCUAUCAAGUCCACCGAGUCAAGUUCUUGAAACCAGAAGCUUCGUAAUGUGCCAAUUAUAUAUGAACAUUUAUUUUAGCAGAGCAGCUCUUAACUCACAGGAGGGAGGAAUGCCUUAAGAAAGGUUAAAAGGAAAACUUCAGCAAUUAAUACUAAUAAACCAGAAAGUUAAAGCAACCAUAAUAAAACACUAGAGCCUCUACUUUUUACUACAGAACCAUUCCUUUAUUAAGAGCCACCUGUUUGGUAGACAUACUCUGCCACAGCGGCCACAGGCAAAUAAUUAAGUUUAAUAGGAGUGACUCUUAUUUUGAAGAAGUUCUCCGUUUAAAGCCACAGAGUGGGGAAGUUAUUAAAUUUUAUGGACCCUAAACAAAGGCAAGCCCUGUGUCAACAAUUGAAUGUUCCGUAUUCUUCAUUAUAUCGCCACUGAUUGGAUGGAUUACUUUUGCAUUCCAUAAGUUGAAAUUCAUCUUGCUUUCCCUAAAAAUAGCCUAUCUUUUGACAUAGCAGAUGGUGUUCUAAUCUUACCUGGAUCUCCAUUUACUCUAAUUUUUGAUUUACUGCUGCUGAGGCCCAAAGAAGUGGUUUUCAUUCCUACUAGAUCAGUUGGAGAUGAUAGUUGGUCCAGCUCACAAAGUUGACUAAGCUUGGUUGUAUGACUAAUUACUGUUAUUUGUAGCUACACUGAGAUACUAAAGCUCAGAAUGAAACCUGUGUACAUGGUUUGACUCUGAUUUUAUACAUGAUUUUUCUCAGUUGUUUUUGUGGGGAUUUAUUUCUGACACAUGUACAACCACCCACACAUAGGGAAAAGAUUUAGUAAUGAAAGGAAUCAUGCUUUUGCAGGGAUGGCAAACACAUGGUUAUAUAUUUUAUUGAGAGAUUUGCUGAAAUCUCCUUUCCAUCAAAGAAAACUUGAGUGUAUGAACCUCAUUUCACCCAAGUAUUAAUUUUCUAACGAUAGAUACAAUGGCUUCUGCAGUGCACUGGGGUCUGAGAAGGGGGCGGGGGGGGGGGGCAGUUUAACUUAGGACACCUGAGUUUUCAUUUCAUUGUCACUAAAGAGUCUUUGUAUCAUUCUCAGAUACAGUUAAUUUAUUGUGCCUCAGUGGUCCUAUGUUAAUGAAUUACUAGAAAUCGCUGAAUCACAUAUCUCAGAGGCUCUGCAAAGAGUAAGAUGCUAUCUGUUUAGGGAUUUGAUGUUCUUAGACUUUUAGUGAAGUUUGCCUUACCAGAUAAAUGCUAGUGGAAAAAGGAGGUCGCAUAAUUAUCUUCUAAAGAGUAGAAAUGCAUGUGACAUUAUUACUUUUAUGUAUAUGUCUUAAAAUUAAUACUUUAUUCUUUUGAGCAAUUUUAAGUUUACAGAAAAAUGGAGCAGAAUGUAUAGUUUCUUAUAUUCUCCUCCCACCAUCUCCCACUUUCUCCUGUUAUUUACAUCUUGCAUUUGUGUGAUGUUUGAUGUAAUUGAUCAACCAAUAUUGAUACGUUGUUAUGAAAUAACCUCCAUAGUUUACACAAGGCUCACUCUUUGUGUUGUGCAGUUCUAUGGGUUUUAUCAUAAUGCCAUGUAUCCACCAUUACAGAAUCAUAAAGAGUAGUUUCAUUACCCUAAAAAUCCCCCGUACACCACCUGUUCAUCUCUCUUUCCCUUCUCUUUUCCUCAGCCGCUGGCAACCACAGAUUCUUUUUUUUAACCUGUCUCUAUAGUUUUGCCUUUUUUAGUGUCAUACAGUUGGAAUCAUACAAUAAGUAAGUAGCUUUUGCAGACUGGCUUCUUUCACGUGGUAAUAUGCAUUUAAGUUCCUCCAUGUCUUCUCAUGGCUUAGUAAUGCAUUUCAUUCUACCCCUGAAUUGCAUUCCAUUGGAAGAAUGCUAUUUUAUAUAUAUGUGUGUGUGUGUGUGUGUGUGUGUGUGUGUAUUUGAGAUGGAGUUUGCUCCUGUUGCCCCCGCUGGAGUGCAAUGGCAUGAUCUCGGCUCAUGGCAACCUCCGCCUCCCGGAUUCAAGCAAUUCUCUUGCCUCACCCUCCCGAUUACAGGCUGGGAUUACAGGCACCCACCACCAUGUCCGGCUAAUUUUUUGUAUUUUUAGUAGUGAUGGGGUUUCACCAUGUUGGCCAGAGUGGUCUCGAACUCCUGACCUCAGGUGAUCCACCUGCCUUGGCCUCCCAAAGUGCUGGGAUUACAGGUGUGAGCCACCGAACCCGACCGGAUGCUAUUAUAUUUUUAAAAUCAUCAAGGAUGCUGUACCUGAACCUGAGGAUACUAUCCUAUCUUCCAUUUUCCUUUUGUUGCUGACUUUGUCAGUGAUCGUUCUUAUUAGAAAGCAUUUCACACAUUUCUUCCUGGAGAAGCAUGUUUUCUAUCAUAGCAAUUGUCACCAAAUGGUUUUCCAUAUCUUGGGUGCAUUUUAAAAUUAAAUCUUUUUUUCCUAAUCUUGCCCAUAGAUAAAUUCCUGAACAUCUACUUUUUGGUGUCAUGCAUACCAAUUCAAAUACGGAACAUACCUAGUUAAAAUAACAAUCCAGUUAUGUGACUGCUUAGUUGCCUCCCAAAAUAUUUGACUCUCCUAGGUAAAGGGGGCCUUUUCUCUUAAAAAUCAUUGAACAAUGAGAACUCGUGGACACAGGAAGGGGAACAUCACACUCCGGGGACUGUUGUGGGGUUGGGGAAGGGGGGAGGGAUAGCAUUAGGAGAUGUACCUAAUGCUAAAUGACGAGUUAAUGGGAGCAGGAAAUCAACAUGGCACAUGGAUACAUAUGUAACAAACCUGCGCAUUGUGCACAUGUACCCUAAAACCUAAAGUAUAAUAAUAAAAAUAAAAAAUAAAAUAAAAUAAAAAAAAGUAAAAAAAAAAAAAUGCCUGGCAUUCCUUAAGUGUGCUGUGCUAUUUUCCACUUCCAUGUCAGCCCAUUUCUUUGCACUGGUGGGCGGGGCCCUGUUGUUGUGUCUUGGGCAUCCCUUUCCCAAACACCACUUUCUUCAAAGUGAAUCGCUGUCUCAUCUACACCCAUUUGUAUGUCAUUUCUGUACUUUGGACACACCUCUAAUAUGUACAUAUCUUUCUUUUUUUUUUUUUUUGAGACAGAGUCUCACUCUGUUGCCCAGGCUGGAGUGCAGUGGUGUGAUCUCUGCUCACUACAGCCUCUGCCUCCCGGGUUCAAAAGAUUCUCUUGCCUUAGCCUCCCGAGUAGCUGGGAUUGCAGGCAUGAGCCACCACACCCAGCUAAUUUUUGUAGUGUUAGUAGAAACGGAUUUCUUUAUGUUGGCCAGACUGAUCUCGAACUCCUGACCUCAGUUGAUCCACCCGCCUCAGCCUCCCAAAGUGCUGGGAUUACAGGUGUGAGCCCUCAUGCCCAGCCCAUAUCGUCCUUUAGCAUAAAAAUUUAAUUGCAUGCCGUUCUCCUUUUAUAAGCUUCUUAAGGACAGUGGCUAUGUUUUGCAUAUUCUUGAAUCCUUAUAACCUAGCACAGUUUUUGGCCCAUGGUAGGUGCUUAGGAAUGUUUAAUGAAACAAGUAUUAGUGGGAAAGAAGAUAAAAAAAAAAAAAGAGGAAGAUAGAUAUGUAGGAGAAAAAAAGGAAGAAAAAAGAUUUUGUUCACCUGGAACAACAAAGAAAGGGCAAAACAAGAGAAACUUUCAUUGCUGAUAAGGACAGGAAAUAGCGCAGUAAGAGUGUGCAUAAGCAGUAUAUAUUUUUAUCUCCAAGUCUUUAUGCAAUGUGUUUCAUAUUUAGAACACAUAUCAAGACUGUAUCUGUUUCCAGAACUUGCUGCUAACAGUUAGUAACAAUGCCAAAACAUAUUUUAGGUCCAGCUUGAAACCAAAUGAUCAAAUAGAAUUUUUGAUUUCUGCUUUAGAGUCUGACAUUAAUUAUAGCCAUCAUGUAAUAAAGUGUCAAAGCUCUUUUCUGAGAAAAUGAUAGAAAUUAUGUUAACUAAUCUGUAAACUGAAGCACAGCUAUUCCUCUAGAACAAAGCAAAAGAUAGGGUUUUGACAGCUAUCAUUUCUCAUAGUCUUAUCUUUUUCAGGCUGAAUUUUUCCUGUAUGCCCCACCUCUGGCUGUUUUUUUUAACGCUUUCUGUAUAGUAUGGUUGCAGGUCAUCCUACUUAUCUGGUCAGUGGUCUUUGACACAGUUCAUUAGUGUCCAUCUUAAUGCCUCGUACCCAGAACCAAACUAUUCCUCUCUUCUCGGCCUCUGGUAGUGCAGGCUUAAGUGGCCUUUGUUCUUUUGGUGACCAUAUUAACACUGUUUUCUCCUAUUUGCCACCUCUGUCAAUCUGCAUUUCUCCAAUUAUUUAC